UGAAACACUGAUCAUUUCCUCUUCCUCUUCAAAUUCGAAGUUCGCUUUCAUCAUUGAGCAACAAUGAGACGAAUCAUCAGCAGAAAAUGGGUGUUCUCACUCUACAUUCUCCUUCUGUUUUCUGGAUCUUUUCUCUCAUCUGCUUCCGCAAAACCACCAAGAAAAUUUGUCAGUGGCAUUGCGUCGAACAUAAUGUCUGCACUUUUCAAAUGGCUGUGGUCUCUUAAACCGACUAACAAAAUUGCCUUGGUUAUACCUAGUCGCUCGAGGAUGAAGUUUGAAAGUGGGUAUACUGUAGAAACAGUGUUUGAUGGAAGCAAAUUAGGGAUUGAACCUUACUCAGUAGACGUAACACAAUCCGGGGAGCUUCUUCUCUUAGAUUCUCAAAACAGUAACAUCCACAAAGUCUCAACACCCUUGUCUAAAUAUAGUGUAGCAAAGCUUGUAGCUGGAUCAUCUGAAGGGUAUUAUGGUCAUGUGGAUGGGAAGCAUAGAGAAUCCAUGAUGAAUCACCCGAAGGGGCUUACAGUUGAUGACAGAGGAAAUAUAUAUGUAGCAGACACUAAAAAUAUGGCAAUUAGAAAGAUAACUGAUAAAGGAGUUGUUACAAUAGCAGGAGGAAAUGCAAAGUUUUCAAAUGACUUUGAUUUGUUAUACGUUGCAAGUAGUUGCUCUAUUUUGGUGGUUGAUAGAGGUAAACAAGUUAUUAGAGAAAUCCAACUUCAUCAAGAUGAUUGCUCUUUUAAUCACUUUAAUGAAAAUCUACUUUCAGGGAUUGUGGUUGUUUGUGGUGCUGUGUUCUUUGGUUUCAUGUUAGCAUUGUUGCAACGUAGAAUAUCCGCAAUGUUUUCAUUUUCUGUGGAACCAAAAUCUCCUAUAAAAGAGAUUCAUUCAUCCGUAUACCCGAUGCCGAUUCCGAUUCCAAUGCCAGUUAAAUCAGUGAGACCACCACUAAUUCCACCCGAGAACAACGAACCCGAGAACGAAGAAUUCGGAUUCUUCAAUUCCAUUGGAAAACAUCUCACCAAUGCCCAAUCAUCUCUCUCCGAAACCUUUCACACUUUACUCUCUAAUCCCAAAAAGAAACCACUCAUUAACACCUAUCAAACAAUCUACCAUCAACCACCUCCAUAUUUCAACACAUGGCCCACACAACAAACCUUUGUAAUUCCUCCCCAAUACCCACCCCCAUUAGUAUUCCCCACAAGAAAACCCCAUAAAUUCAUCACAAAAAAACCUGAAAAAACCAACCGGACUCGAAAUAUGUAUCAUCGGCAUAACAAAUACUUUUUGUCGGGCCCACGCACUUAUUAUGAGGAGAACAACGAGACAACAAACGAGGUUGUUUUUGGGCCAAUUCAAGAACAAGAAAGAACGGAUGUGUCGAUAAAGGCUAUUGACUAUAGCCAUCCGAGUUAUAGUACCCGGGAUUUAAGACCAAGGUAUAAUUACAUGGGGUAUGCGUAGCAAGAUUUAGUAGUUGUUGGUUUCUUUAUGCCAGCUAUCUAGCAGACUGUUGUGUAUUAAUUUAUAUUUUACAUGAUGAUCUUAGAAUGGGUGGUGUGAGCCAGCUUAGGGGUUGUUAGAAGAAUAAUACAUAGUUUAUCUGUAUGAUAUGUAUUUGUAGGUUUCGUAGUAGUGACAAUGUUUUAAGGUAAGUAAAACAUGUAUGAUGAUCGUAGAUUAUCUUUUUAUCGUAAAUAUUUAUUGAGUGG